GGCUGAUGAUGUAAAAGUGUACACUGGGAGUGGUUACGCUGUGUUGGUGGGGGAGACAGAUGUAGUAAAGGAGAAGAUUGCAGUUUUGGAGAAAAGCACGCCAGUACGCAAGGAACAGCCAGUUGUGGAGAAGCAGUUCAAACUGAUAGAAGAGGAUUUUAAACGAGAGAUGAGUGCACAUCAUCCAGAGGUUAAGAUCGUCUGUGAGGCUAACUUGGUCAUUUUCGAGGGGCCUGAAGAGAAGGUGCAGUCUGCUGCAGCAAAACUUAAGGAACUUAUCAUGAAGAUCAAAGAAAAGAGGGUUAAUCUUCCUACAGUUUUAUUGACCUUCAUGAACACCAGCAGUGUCCUCUCCAAGUACCAAACUCGGUUUCAGCAUAGUCUCAGAAGUCCAGUUUCCUUGGUGGCGGAGUCUGAACUGAUUCUCUCCAGUGUGUCCUUGGAUGCUCUGAAGGAAGCUGAGACAGCAGUGGUGAGAGAUCUGACUGAGUCCAGUGUGAAUCUUCAGGGUCCUGCAGCUAUUCCUCCAGAUCUAGACAGACUGAAGGAGAUCCUCAACAAAGCCCAGAAUGAAGCAAACCGCGGUGAGCUCAGAGUGGAAGUUAGCUUCAUCCCUAGCUUCAGUGGGACUCACUCCAUCAAAGUACAGCUGGUGGGCUACGUUGAACACGUGAACAAGCUUAAAGAGCUUCUUCAAAACUACCAGGCCAGUCAGGUUUCAACUCAGGAGGUCGUCAUCCUGCAGCCUCCUGAACUAGUUGACUGCUUUGAUAAAAUUUUAGGUGUAAUUGGCAUGAAGCUGACCGAUGUGAAACUGACAGCCUCCCGUUUUCCAAAUCCUCAUGUGCUGUUGUCUGGCCCCCGAUUGCGGGUUCAGGAGACCAAACAGAGCCUUCAGUCUAUUCUGACCAGCAUGACGUUAGACACAUUAACUCUGGAUGGUCCUGGGGUUGUGCAAUACUUCAGAGGAGAUGGUAAAGAGAGCAAGGAGUUGGUGGAAAGUUCCUGCCAUGUGAUUAUCUGGGAGAAACAAGAUGUUAGCUCACCAGUGGUGCCGUCCAGACAGCGAAGCAUCAGCAGCAUCAGCAGCAUCAGCAUCUCACCAUUAACACCAUUAUUUACCAGGAGACAUUCCACCUCUGUUGGACAGAUUGCAAUCAAUAAAAUCAAUCUAGAAAUCAAGAUUUGCAGUUUAGAGGACGAGCAGGUGAACGUUUUGGUCGUCCCCACACAUAACAAGCAGUUGUCUUCAACAAAUAUUGGCAAAUCUUUGCUAAAGAAAGGCGGAGACACGGUCCAAUCAAGGUUUGACUCUUUGGUAGCAACUUCUGCCCUCUUCCCUGGUGGUGUUCUGCAGGUUGACGCCAGCGCAUCUCUGGGUUGCUCCAAGAUAUUCUGUGUAGAGUGUCUGCCUUGGGACAGAGUUGGAGGAAUGAGUGAGCAGGCUCUUGCUCAGGGGCUGAAGAGAUGUUUGGACCUCUGUGCAGAAAAGAGCUUCAGUUCAGUAGCCAUACCUGUUAUCGGGCCUGGAUUACUCCUAAAAUACUCUGUGAGUCAAGCGGUUAAAGUUCUGGCAGAAAACAUUUACCAGUUUGCCUCGUCUGCGCAAUGCGGAAAACUCACCACCAUCCACAUUGUCAUUAAACCUGGCUAUGCUGACUCCGAGGAGAGCUAUCAUGAAGUGUACAAACAUCUCAGCUUAAAUAUGAACAAGGGAGGCCAAGCAAACUUCGGGUCCCUCACCAGUGACCUCGAUGACAUCAACAUCACUGUAAGAGGCGGGACUAAACUGCAGGUGGUGUUCGGCGACAUCACCAAUGAGACCACAGAUGCUGUGGUGAAUACCACCGACUUUGAGAAUUUUUACAAUGAGGGGGUUUGCAAAGAUAUUUUAACCGUAGCUGGAACUGAGGUGGAAGCUCAGCUGAAAACAGCGAAAGUGGGCAGGGGAGCUGUUUUUGCGUCACGGCCUGGAGGGUUCCCCUGUAAAGAAAUUUUACAUGUAUGUGGAGAGAAAAAUGCAAGUAUCGUUGAAGGACUUAUGUGCAGCAUCAUUAACACCUGUGAAAGCCGUUGCUUUAGGUCUGUAGCAAUUCCCGCCAUCUGUGCCGGAGCUGGUGGGUUGGACCCUGGUGUUGUUGCAGGUGCAAUCCUACGAGGAAUCAAAACUGCCACAUCAUCUGCUGCUCUUUGCACCCUCACCACCAUCCGCCUUGUCCUGAUUAAGAUCAACGUCUUCUUGGCUUUUAAAGAAGAAGCAACACAGAUGUUCCCCACCUUUGGAAGAAGAGCAUCUGCAUAUCAGUUACCUCGAGUACAACAACAGGCACCUUUACCCCUGAGUGCAGACCAAAGAGUUCUUAAUACCAUUCCUGCCAGUCAUCAGUCAACCUUCCUGGUUCUGGGUCUUACCAGAAAGGAUGUUGAUGAUGCCAAGGAAAAACUGAAGAGUCAGUAUAACCGUCAGUGCUCUAGUCAUACCUUCUCAAAACAGGAGCUACAGAGUCUCAGCGAAGAAAAUAUAUUAGAGCUGCAGCAAUUGGUGAUGACUGAGGGUCUGUUCAUUGAAGACAACCCGUCUGGAAACCUGACGGUGAAGGGAAUGAAUGAUGAGGUCAAAAAGGUAAUCUUGAAGUUUAAUUCAUAUGUGCAUGGCUCCCUCAUGAGAACAGUGAGGGAGAAGGAGGAGGAUGAAUUGUACUCGCGUGUGAUGUGGUGCAUCCUGGGACAAAAUGGAAACUGGGACAGACUCCCCAAAACAGCCAAUUACAACCUGGAAAAGAAGGAUGUUGCUGGAGGAAUUGUGGAUGCAAAAGGAGUCCCAUGGCAAGUGGAUCUACGGACAUUAGAAGUCACAACUCAGGGACAGCAGACCAAACUCAAACGACUUGAGAAUCUGAGAGACUUCACUUUCCCUUUAUACUGGGACAGCAUGGCUAACGGCGAGAACGUGAAGGUGGUAGAACUGCAGUCUUCUUCUGAAGAGUACAAGAACGUGAAAGAGGGAUUCAAACGAACUGCUAAAAAAACUGUAACGAAGAUUAAGCGUGUACAGAACAUUCAUCUACGACGUGCUUAUGAGGUACAGAACACAAAAAUAUCUGAGAAAAACAAACAUGAGGGAGGUGCAAAUGAAAUGCAUCUCUACCAUGGGACGACAGAGGACAACUGUGACUCAAUCAUGAAAACUGGCUUCAACAGGCGCUUUUCUGGACAAAAUGCCACAUCAUAUGGUGAGGGAACCUACUUUGCUGUAAAUGCCAUAUACUCCACACAUCCCACCUACUCCAAGCCUGCUGCUGAUGGUUCGCAGCUAAUGUUUGUGGUUAGAGUCCUGACGGGCGUCUACACUCCGGGCCAAAGUGGCAUGAGGGUGCCUCCGGCUCGCAACGACCAGGAGUCCCACAUACGAUAUGACAGCGUGGUGGAUAGAAUGGACAGACCCAACAUGUUUGUUGUGUUUCACGAUGACCAAGCUUACCCAGACUACCUGAUCACCUUCAAGUGAUAACGCUCAUGCUCCUGUAAAAGAUGGAGUAAAAUAUUGGUUUCUUAGUUACAUUGUGCUGGUUAAAUAC